CUUAAAAUACACAUACAAAUAACGAGCAUCCAUGAUAGUUCAAGACGUGGUCGAAAGAUGUCUGUUGCCGAGGUCGGUUCAUAGACGUGUCCCUGGGGUUGCGGGAGGGAGUGGUGGACGCUGUUUGACACAACUGGAGGUCUAUGGAACUCAACCUGCUCCCGUCAGCGGUCGCGCCAAUAAUUCCACGUUGUUCGCUCACAAUCGCCCGUGGUUGCCCGCGGUCUGUCAUCUGCCGCUGUGUGGAUUCACCCGUCUGUGUGAGAGCGACCGGAUUCAACAAACUGAGUCUGUGUGAAAAGAAAGAUUUUUCCAGGACGUCAGGAGAGAGUCUUUCGCUUGGAGAUUGGUGAUGUCGUUCGGGAUGCCAUCUGGGAGCAGGAAUGCGGGGAAGGACAGGGGGGUUGCCACCCAUGAAGAUUCCCCUGCUACCUCCGGCGUGCACCCGGCAUUGGGUCUCCUGAGCCUUACACCCACAGCUGGGGCUCCUCAACCCCCUUCCUCCUCCUCCUCAUCCCCCUCCUCAUCCCCCUCAUUGCCCCGCAGCUCGCAGCUGCCACCCACUCCAGCCGUGUCCCCUGAUCCCGGCCGCCGACGAGAUGUCCCCGUCUCACCGCAACCCCUCCCCUCGCGGUCGUCCCCCGCCGUCGCCGACGGGGAAGGAGGUCCCGCCCUCACCUCCUCCCCCCUGCUCCUCGCCCCGCACCUUUGGAAAACCCCGUUCUGGAUCCUGGAGGACUUCCAGGCUCCCCGUCCCCUGCCAAAACUCAGCGCCCAGAGCUCGGGGCCGGCCCAGGAUAGGGCUCCGUCCGAGUCGGCCCAGCCUUCCCCGGGGCCCUACUACCCACUGGAGCCAGCGGACCUGGAGGCUUUCCGGAUCUUCCACCCACCGUCUCCCCCCAGGCUCCGGGACAGCGAGCUCAUGAAUGUACCUCCCCAGGACAUUGAGUUUUGGGGCCGUUUCUACUUCUCCGGGGCUGAACAGGCCCGGGAACUGCUGGAGCAGAGAGCCCGGGCCCAGAAGAUUCAAUAAAGGCCAUGCUCAACGUUC